AUGUAUUCAGUACUUAAAGGCUGCAAACGUAAAAAUAGUUUAGCUUCACUGACAAGGUGCUGUUCUGUUCCUUUUAGAAAUAUUAACUGUACUGAAAAUGAAUUUACUUCAACUCCUGAGUAUCCUCCUAUAAACAUAAAUAAGGGUACCGUCGAGACCGAAAGACUUAAAGAAUGGCAUAAAAAAAUAUUAAGGCAACCUACUGUUGAAGAAAAGCUUUUUGAAGUUAAUGUUCCCCGACGGUGGGGUUGGAAAUGCUUUAUGAUUCACGAAGGAAUCAUACCGUACAAUAAUUUAUCAUUCAGUCAACAUGCAACCAGAACGCAUUUGGUGAAAACAGAAGCUUUGCCUUCUUAUUAUGAAAAUUCAGCUGAUAAGUGUAUAGAUUUAGCAAAAAAAAUUAGGGAUGAUGUUGUAGACUCUAUAGAAUAUCAAUUGCAUGUCAGGCGAGAAAACAUUUUUAAAAAUCUAAACGAUAUGAAAAAAAUAAGACAAUUACAAAAAAUUAUCGUUGGUGAAUUAAAUAGAGUCAUUCUUAAUUGCAUUCAGAACUCUGAAAGUGAUGCAGUCCAUCUUCAAACUGACUUUUCUCCUAGAAUAGAAGCCUCUUGGAAAGUUAAUAGUUUGGUAGAAACUGUAGUUAAAAAAGAAUACAAAUAUGGAAUUCCAUUAAAUGAGUUACCUGAAGAGUAUCUUGACAGACCAUCAGAUAAGCUCAUUCAAUAUAUUGGAAAGCCUAUUUUACAAUUGAGAUGUUCCAAUCCUUUGCCACCUAUAAUAAGUAGUAAAGAAGCCAACAUUUUCAAUUAUUCAGUACCUGUGUAUGACUUUGAUCCUCAUAUUACCUUGGGGUACACCAUGGAGCGUAGGCAUAUUACAAAUAUUCCUGGUUUUUGGCCAGGGGAAAAAGAAGAUUUUGGUUUUUUGUCUUAUCAUGAUUUAAACCAUGUUCAUCACAGACCUUCCACUUAUGGGUCGACCGAUAAAGAAGAAGCCAUUAGUAGUCAAAUGAUUUUUGCUUCUUUUGGAUGGCUUAUGCCUUUGGCUUGUUAUCAAGGAUUUUCUUCUUAUCACGAUUUCGCAAUGAGGCCUCGUGAUGCGAGAAGGCGUCCUUUUGAAUUACGUCAAAAUCCCUAUCACAGAAAAAUGAGUGAUACUAAAGGAGCUUAUGUUCCGAAGGCUCUUAGACCUGAUAAGCAUUUGCCCAAGUGGAAACAAAAUAAAUUUGCUAAAUCAUUUUUUCCUCAAUAA